UUCGUUUGUAACAUUUUCAAUUCAAAGUUAAUAGAGUGCUAAAAUAUAUAGUUAAUUUGGGGACAUCGGUGAUCUAGCAUUGGGCUAUCUUAGCUUAAGCUCACCCUAAUUUCUGAGCAAAGUCUAGGACGCUAUCCAGACGUCAGCCUCAGUGCUGGAUUGUUAGAGGUAAAAAUAUAUUUAUUGAUUUUAACAAUUGAAAUAAUUAUCCAAAUGUUUUGAGCCUUUUUUAGUGUUAAUUCCGUCAAUACUCGUUUUUCAACAAUUUCGCCUCUACACAAGGCAUCCUCAGGAGAUGUCGACUCGCCAUACUCUGGAUAUCGAUAUAACUUUGGAUAUUUAUGGAUUUCUACGCCUACUUCAAUAAAAAUCGAAAUAAUACUACAUUCAUCAGUUGUUAUAUCAUUUAAUUUUGAACAACAAUUAAAAAGCUUAUCGCCAAAAUCACAUAAUAUAUAAUUUGUAGCCAAAUAUAUCACUGUUUUCUGUUUAUUAAAAAUAUAUUUUAAUUGUGAGGUUUGGCGACAUACUAAGGACGUUUAAGAGCACUUGUUUUAAACAUUCCUUGAGUAUGGCAGUAGCUAUCGGUCGUGAUGUAUGAUGCCCCUCAGAGUCGCUGGCACCUCCUCGGCUGCAGCAGCUGGCGCGGUCCACGGUGCGUACGAGCAUGCGGGCUGCUGUCAUCAGCCGCAACCCCGAGCUCAGGGAGAAGCCGUGGCGCCGCCCUCCACGAGUGUCUUGUCCGCGCCGUAUCUGCAUCCCCAUCGAACCCGGGAACGAGUUCCAAAACCUCGACGUUCUCCACGACCUGGCAAAUGAAGACGGCGCCAAUGAGAUGAACGCUCUCCUCAGCCUCGUGAUCAGCAUGGGCCACAACCGCGUCGCCGGAGCCCUACGCUUCGGUCGUCGCCGCGGGCGGCCCGUGUCGGAUGACGACAGCGGCACCAGCCAUCACGGCGACGAGGCCGCCGACGAGAGCUCCGUGGACUCCGACACCGACCGCGACGCAGACGACGACGACCUGGACACCGACACCAGCACUAAGAAACCGCAGAGACAUUCAGACACUGAAUAUGAACAUUUGAAGAGCGCUUUUCGAGCGCACGAUCCGGACUUAGGGACCAAAGAUGACAGGGAGACGACCAGAAGCGUCAAGGUGUCAACAGAUACUACUGCCAGCAGGAGUGAAGUGGAACAAGAUGAGAAACCAUCCACAUCGAAGAACAGCAAGACUGAUAUAAAGCAUGAUAGUGAUGGUGAUGAUGAGGCCGACGAAGAUGUUGAUGAUUCUGAUGAUGAUGGCGGUGAUCGCAUACUGAGACCGCAGAGGCAGGCUGAAUACGAGAUCUUCAUACCGAACGACAGAGGCGAGGACUGCGACGUGAUGCAGGUGGAGAACGUGUCGCCGACUGACGAGCGAGGCGGCCGGGGCGGCAGCCGGGCCAAGCGACAGAAACUGGACAGCGGGCUGGGGGACCCGCCCCCCGCAGACACGCAGUCGCAGAGUGAAGAUGAUGAACCACCAUCGGAAACUACAGAGGGUCGGCGACGCUCGAGCAUCUCCACGUCGCGGUUGUUCAGUCACCGGCAAGAGCGGCAGAGGGCGCUGCAGGCCGGCGUGGAGGACUCGCGGGCGCGGCGCCUGCGGCUGUGUCGACUCAUGAGGCGGGCCACGAGGGAGCUGCCUCUGCCGCCGCCGCUCAGGAAUUAUGUGAACCUGGGUCGCUGCUACUCGUUCUAAGAGUAGUGUGAUGGAUACCUGUGCACCGCUGCGCCCGGAAUAGCUUUACUUAGGGACACAAGAAUAACUUGAAUCCAGUUCGGCUUCAAAACGAACGAGUCAAGUGAAAGUUGGUGCGGCUUCCUUUGGUCUGCUUGGACACGGGAUAAAUUUUGUUUGGAACAAUUACCUGUCGCAAUGUUAUUUUGUGAAUGCGUAAUAUACUUUAAAAUAAGGUAAAAUUCUUCUUGAAAUUAAUAUUUAUGUACAAUAUAAACUUAUGGAAUAAUGAACGGUUUUUUGUGUACUAGUCUAGUCUGUGGAACACUACACUUAAAAGCAGCACUACACAAUUUAAUAAAAUAUCCCUGAGUAGAGACAUUUCACUCGACUGUUCCUUCAGUUGAGUGGCAGUCCAACACUGCAAUGCAAUAUUUUUGCUUUGUAAUUAUAUCUUAGUAACUCAAAACGUUUGGAAUAAUGAUCUAGUCUGAAGCUCGCCUCUUAAUAUUUCAAACCGUUUGAGCGAUCACACUAUUACAAGUGUAUAUUGUGACGUCGCGUCGAUUAUUACAAUUGUUUUUUGUUUAUAAUACGUUAACCCAAACAGUAGUCCAAACAUAAAGUACGAAAGUAAAAUAGAGAACUUGCAAAUGUUAGUUCAAUAUUUUAUCUGCAUUAAAAUUAGGAUAUACAACUUUCGCUUUUAUAUCUAAUGGAUUACUAUAAAAAUGGACUAUUGAAUUUCGUCCCUAAAUUUACGCCAAACAACUCGGUAUAGGCAACCCUAGAGGGCGCUGCAUGUCGCCUUUUUGUGCAGUAAUAAUAGUAACCACCUGCAGCUGUUACUUCUAUUGCCUUGGUUUAGUUUUAAGUACUGUUAACAUAUUAGUUUACAUAUACAUAUUAGUUUUAUUGUAAAAUUUGUUUGUUUUUAUAUCUUCACAUUUGUCGAUCCAACAAAAUUAAUAAUAAUUUAUGUUUACUUACCUACAUGUGUUUUUUUGUGAAUCUAAUUUAAUGAUGAAGGUAAUUGGCCGCAUUCGAAGUUCAUAUAUCAAUAAUACUGCGACUUUGACAUGUAAUUACAAAAUAUAAUGUUUCAGUGUAGAUACAUAAUGAAAAAAUAUCAAAAUUAAAAGGUUAACAGAUUUUUUUUUUAAUUUUAUUUCGACGGUAUCAGUCAUAUCUUUACUCAUGCAUUGGAUGAAAUAUGUUGGCACUAAAUAAGUGGUAAAUGAACAUUCGAGUUAUUGCUCUAAACUCUUGAAAGGAGAGUAAAACACUGAUUGCGUUUAUAAAAUUCUUAAUUAUUUAUAUUUAUCAAUAGUUACAUAUUCCUGAACUGGCCACUCGAAUGUCUGUGUCCAAUAUACACACGGACGCCAUACAAAUAAUGAAUAUAUAGGAACAGAUGGAAAUAAUAAGAUUGCUCAUUAAUUAUUAACAAAACGUUAAAAGUCGCGCGCGUUAACAUGUACCCACGUAUCACACGGGGUUUUGUACAGUACCCACGUAUCACACGGGAUUUUGUACUGUACCAACGUAUCACACGGGAUUUUGUACUGUAUCCACGUCUCACACGGGGGGUUUAUACUGUACCCACGUAUCACACGGGAUUUUGUACUGUACCCACGUAUCACACGGGGGGUUUAUACUGUACCCACGUAUUCCACGGAGUGUUUGUACUGUACCCACGUAUCACAGGGGGGUUUAUACUGUACCCACGUAUUCCACGGGUUGUUUGUACUGUACCCGCGUAUCCUGACACGGGGAAUUUGUACUAUACCCACGUAUUACACGGGGUUUUACCCACGUAUCACACGGGGUUUUGUACUGUACCCACGUAUUACACGGGGUUUUACCCACGUAUCACACGGGGCUUUGUACUGUACCCACGUAUCACAUGGGGGGUUUGUACUUGUAAAUACGGUUAUUUGUGUAAUGAGCGUGUUGGUUGUUAUGACACUGUUUAAUUUUCAAUAGUUAUAUUAUAAAUAAAUAAAUUGGAAAGUUCGAAAUAAAUGAGUUUCUAAAAAUUA